AUGGACCUUGAUAACAGGUCGAGCCGACUUAACCAAAUAUAUUUUGUAGUGAGAUGUCGGAGCUGGCUUUGAAUAUAGCCACGAUCAUUUUUUCGACUUUUGAUCUGUCAGAAUUUGUUCACUCACACGAGACCGAGCUACAUCUAGCCAUUUCAUCAAGGAACGAUGCUCUGAGAGAUUUUAUCAUUCUAAGGGUACGAUAAGGCUCGAUUGUGAAUGCCUUAGUUAGCAGACAGUGUAGAAGGCGCUUCACACUCUACUACAGAUAUUCCCGACAGGAUACUUGUGGAAAUUGUAAAAGUGGCCUCAAACCAUGACAUUAAGAACGCCUCGGCCGCAGUGAAAUUCUUAAGGACUUUCGGUACCCUUUUUCCUUGCCUAUAAUCUCUACAGCCUUAUCCAGUUCACAUUGUUUGAAGAAACUUCUCGCGAUGGACGUUUUUCGUGAACGCCUUACAGACUCCGCCAACGUCGGCCAAGUUGUCCGGUUUUCCGAGGUUAGUUUUGCUUUGUGUCUAUCUUCGUAGCUUCUAGUGGACAUCGCCUCUUUAGACCCGACCAGUUUAGGCAUACUUGAGGAAGCCAGAUGCCUUGAACCGCUUCUAUCCGUCUUCAGGAAGGAUGACCCACUGCUUCAACUAAAUUGCAUCGCCGUUUUAAAAACGUUGGCUGCUUUUCCGGAGGGCAGAGAUUUCCUACAUUCUAAAGGGAUAGUGGAUGACAUACUUUCCAGUCUUGUGUCUCCCGAAGCCAAUCCGUUUGCCAAUCUCCUUAUGCCGGGUAAAUUUAGUGUUUAAUCUCUUGCAUCUUUUUUCGAUUUAUAAAACCUUGUUUAAAAAUUUCGGUUUUAGCUGUUGGAGUCACUUGAUAAGCUGGCAAGCACUGAUAACCGUAUAAACAAUUGGAUUCGCGUGUAUCACGUUUGCUUUGUUGUUUAGCCGCUAGAAAUUUGCAGACCUCCCUUGACAUUUUUCAUGCGGGUUAUGCUCGUUGACUUCUGAGACGGUCGUACAACUUAAGUGCGCUUACAGAUAUACUCGGGAAAAGUGCGUCGAAAAUUGGUCAAACUUUUUGCUUGUGCCAAGUUAGGCGCGCAAUGCGACUCUAUUCGGAACACCACUUACUUAAUUGCUUUUGUUCAUUUCACCAAGGCUGCUUGCAUUUGGUGGCACUAUUCAGCUGGCAAGUAGUCUUGUGUGACAGUCCAUUUUGCACGGGCUUUUAUUUGAAUUUGUGAAACAACGUCCGAAGCUGUCAGGUAUCGUUCGCAUUCUUACACUUACCCCACCAGACGUCCUGCAUCUCCCGCAGUUGUUGCUGAGCAAGGCUGCGACUGCCUUGUUUGUGUCGGUCCAGCAGUCGAUGUAGACUUUGUGCAGCCCGCUCCUGUUCGCGAACAUGCUGCUGAUAUCUGCGUCUCUGUCAUCGAGCCAGUAUCUGUUUUGAAGACGCGCGCAUCCGAUGACGUCCAAGACAACGGGGUGGGUAGCAUUGCUCUGUCGGUACCACCGAGCCACCACAGUGACGCUUUUUUCUGGAGCUUGCAGGUCUUCAACACGCUGGGUCGGUUGAUUGCUGAAGUUGAAGUUGUGGGCAGACGAAUUCAGCAGAUGGGCAUUUAACUUACCUGAUGGUCAGAUUGAGUUGACAAACUUUUAGCGUCAGUUUGACAUCUGUAGAUGCGAUUAUUAGGACAACAUCUGAUAUUCUAGUGUUUUGGUGACAUAUAAUCAUUGCAAAAGUCUUCGGAGAUAUCUGGCAGUCCUGGUUAUCACGGAAACAAUGCUGGGCAGGAAGACAGAAUACAAUGAAAAAAAUCAGUAUUCUAGCAUCCCAUACCGCCACGCUUAGCUGGUUUUGCAGGGGGGGGUGUGGAUAUUUACGCAACGCCUAUGUACUUUGGGAUCUGAUUUUUAAACAGGUUUCUUAAAUCAGUGUGCAGGAACUAUCCUUCCCUGCUUUGAGUAUUCCGUGAGCCAUAGUGGGCUACAGUAUACGCGGAAAAUGGAAAUUCCUAGCAAAGCGUUGGAGCCUUAAUCAGUGUUCUCAAUGUAGCCUCAAGAGAAAUGUAAAACAUGUUGAUGAAAAGUAUAAGAGAGCGGCCAAAACAACAAACGUUGCUGAUGACAGCCAACGCGCCAUUGACGUCCAAACGCGAGCCCAGUCAUGACUGGAGAUUGCUAACUGCCGAUUCAACUCAGAUCACGCAGUCAACCCAGUGUACGUUUGAGCUGGCAACUGGUGGAGUCAGACUGGGACUCCUCCCUCUUAACGGCAUUCACGCAUGUGAGAUACCAGCGGUUUCGCCCUUGUGUGUGUGUAAUCCUGUGCGUGCGUUUGGGGGCCUGGUCGUGUAUUUGGCGCUCGCGAAGGACUUCUCAACCCUGUUAGCCAAUGCGCUCCCCGCGUCAGACAGCUCACUAGCGCGGGCAGUGGACUGGUGCCUGGAAGUGGGGAGAGAGAAUGAAGUCGAAAAUCUCAGCGCAUAUUCCUUACCACGGACAAUCUGACGCGCCCGAGUCUAUCACGGUGCGCUAAGAGCCGUGGCUUGAAAGGCUGCCAACUGACGAGAUAACACAUACAUCGCAGUCAGCCCAGUGUGCAUUUGUGUGGAGCGGCCGAUCGAUUGAAUGAGUCAGGUUGAAAUGCCUUCUUGGUGAAGCCUCGAUGGCACUUCCACUCAGUGGAUUUCCAUCCGGCUUCGUGGCACGCCUAGGUGCGGGUUUUCGCCGUGUCGGUCACCUGCGCCAUCUCUCGCCGCCGGGUUUCGAAGAGAUGGUUUUGCAGACGUGUUCCCUUUUGGGUCGACUGAAUGCGCGCCUACUCAUGCUUUGUGUCGUAUCACUAAUCGACUUCCCUCAUCUCCCGCUGAAUAGCACUCUCAAGACGCGGGGAUAGUGGGCCGACUUUCCGUCGGCCAUCAACGAUAUUGCCAUUAAGGCGCCUAGGACCUGGAUGUAGUACGCGAAAAACCCUGCACAAUAGAAAAAAUCUAGGCAGCAUCUCAGUUGUUCUACGAAGUCUUGCCAAUAACCAAUCAUCUUCGGAACGGGCAAAUCAGUGGGUCCACCAGCGCUCUCCGUGUGCUUUUCUCGUAGGUACUCCAGUUUUGAAAUUGCGGCUUUUUAAUUUCCUCAGAAAGUAAUCACGUUUGCUCCGCUGUGGCUGAUAGACUUCGACCGAAAUAUUCAUAUCAAAUUUGAGCCUGAGCCCACAAGUCUCAAAUAAACGAAUCUACUUCAAGUUAACGAUCAAUUUCUUGGGAAAUUAGGAAGCUGAAGUGUUGUGUUUCGAUAAACGAGCCCGCUAUUUCGACAGAUUUACCCUCAAAAGCUGCAAAAAUUAGAAUACUAACCAACCGCCUCGCUGUCUUCGGGAUUAGUGGUCGUCUGCUUAAGAUUAGUACUUUAGUCCCUAUGAACAGUCCACGUAUGGUGCGCAUCCGCCUUGAAGGUUCUCUGUACUUAUGGAUGUUGGUCUGUACGGACAUAUGAGGAGCGAAACCAUCGUUACCGAAAAGAGAUCCUCAAAGUGCAAGCAUUCGCUGUACCAACAUUACGAGGAUAUAUUUGUCUACCCAAGAAGGACUGUUGUGGUGGUUUUGACGCGUUUUCAGUUACUCACUUGAUCUGCUUGCUGCAACUGCCACGAUCUCAUCGGAGGCGACGAAAAGGAGGUAAGCUAGAAGCCUGAUUCGGCACUAUCGAUGAAGAGGUAGAACGCGUUCAUGAACCCUGGGUAUUCAGUCGCUGUCAUUGGGAAAAAGGGGCUAGUCCAUCUCCCCAGAUGGCCGUCGUGCAAUAAGUAGUUCCCUACGCGGCGUCCUUCAGGUCGACUUGAACGAGCCCUGUAGCAGCCGUAUCAGUUACAGGCAUGAGCAAGUACUUUGGAAGCGAUUACAAAGUAACGCGCUAGCACGAUAUCGGUCGAUGCCUGUCUUACGGCAAUAAGCUUGUAAGAGCAUUCGGUCAGCCUUAACGUCUUAUGUAUUGCGCAAGCUUGUAAUAAAUCGUCUACUACGAGGCCACCUGGGGUGUGGAAUAAGACUAUGAAUGCCAGACAAUUCAACGAAAGAAACUAACGUUUCCUUCCACCCAUCCAUACCCAUAAUCCACAGUUUCCGCAACCCCACAAGUUUACUUGUUAUAUGCGUCGAAGCAAAGCGGACCGACUAUAAUCUCCCUUAAACCGUUUAAAAUCGGCCUUCAUGUCCGUUAGGGUGAAGAGGGCCGUGCACGCUCGCAUCUUGCAUACCAGUGUACCCAAGUCCUUAUGAAUGCCGUAUUCCUCUGAGGUUCGUGGAGUAGUAGGAACUUCGGUUAGUACGCAUGGGAGCACUACACUAUCCUUUUUCUGGUACUACCUUCAUUACUUGUUUAACCUUAGGGUUCCUCAGCUUCCUUGGGGAAGUCGCUGCAUUUGAACCUGUGAAGUAUCUUGGCCCUGCCGACAGUCCAACGCCGUUCACCUCAUGCAUCGGGGCAUGCACUCGAGACAUCUCUUCGACAAUCUUCCUUACGGCUCUGGAGACAGUCGGAUUCCUGUGCAGAAGUCCAGAAGGGAAGCUGGCCAUUGCGGGCCAUCUAGGUAGGUUUUUGUCUUCGCCUCUUCCAUUUACAGGGCAGCUGAAGCAGGAGCUCUCUCCCACGUCCUACCCACUCUGGGUCGCUUGCUGCAGAACUCCCCAUCAGAGCUGCUUACUCGUGUUCUUAACGUCAUGGCGGAUGUACUGCGCCUUCCCCGUUCGAUGCCGGUUGACGGGGCCGCACCUCUGGCGCAAAUGACGUGGCUCUGGCUCAGCCGAAUUUCGGGCUCUCCGGCACCGGAAGUCUUCAAAAAUGAUGCACUCAAAAUUUUUGAGAGAAUUUGGACACUUGCAAGACAGCCCUUCUACGAUGUUAGACAAGCAGCACUCCUUCUUCUUGAGGCCAUCAUGACGGAAGUGAGUUCACAACCGUGUUUCGAUUUCGGUACCUUUUUCCAGGGUUUAAAUAAUCUCCGUACACUGCCCUUGUCGCACCUCGUUUAGCCUUGGGGAGUCACCCUUCUCAUGGACCAACCUGGCUUCAUUGAAUACUUGCUCAACCGAAGUACGGAGAACAGUUUGGCCUCGGAGGGUAGCAGUCUACUACCAGUGAAAUUUGCCAUCAUUAGUCAGGCCUACAACACUCAAGAGAAGUGGUGUGGGACGUGCCCACAAUGGAGGGAGAUAGACGACGAGACGCUCGCUAGACUCGGGGAAUACGUUAGAUGUGGACCAUGGGGCUCCGUGAGAGCUGAAGCUGCUGUGGCUCUGGAUCAAGGAUAG